CUCCGUCCCUCGCUGCCCGCGGCCCCUCGGCCACCCCGCGCGUCCUCGCUCCCCGGCGCCUCCUCGUGCGGGGCCCCGGACCCCCGAGGGAAGAUGGCCGCGGAAGCGGCGCGGAGCUGGCUGGACGCGCUGGCCCAGCAGGCCGAGGAAGGCUCGGCCCCGCUGCGGGAGCUGCUGUCGGCCGGCCUCUACCUGCUGCGCACCGAGCUGGGCCUCGACUUGGGGCUGGAGCUGCACAACUACCCGGCCUGGGUGAUCCUGCUGGGCACGGCCGCGCUCGGGCUGCUGCUGCUGCUCCUGCUCGGGCUGGGAUGGGCCGCGGCAUGCGCCGGGGCCCGCCAGAGGCGGCGGAGCCCGCCCCGCCGGCGGGAGGAGGCGCCGGCCCCGGCUUCGGCCCCGGAGGACGGAGCCCUUUUGAAAAGCCUCAAGAGCGAGGAUUCGAGGAAGAGGAACCGGAAGAGACUGUCCGAGAAGCCCAAGCCAAAUGGACGGACUGUGCUUGAAGUGCCAGAGGAGGAAGUGAUCACACCUCCUCGAAGAGAAGCAGCAAAGCAGCAGCAACAGCAGCAGCAGCAGCAGCAGCUAGAUGCAGAAAAGAAAAAUGAAAAGUUAAAGAAAAAUAAGAAGAAAUCAAAGUCAGAGGUUAAAGCAGUGCAGAACAGUUCACGCCAUGAUGGAAAGGAAGUUGAUGAAGGAGCCUGGGAAACUAAAGUCAGUAACAGAGAGAAACGGCAGCAGCGUAAGCGCGACAAGGUGCAGCCUGAUACUGGUCCCUUGGAUCCAGCUGUCUCGGGGAUAGAAAGUGCCUAUACAGUAACCACUGAGCAGCUUAUUACAGCUUCGUUUCCCGUUGGUUCCAGGAAGAAUAAAGGUGAUUCUCUUCUCAAUGUUCAAGGUAGCAACUUUAAAUCUGGAAAAGGAGAUCUCACCCUUCAGGGAUUGAAUGAAAACCCUACUGUAAAUGGAGGCAGCUGGAAUGAAAAGUCAAUAAAAAUCCCUUCACAGAUCAGUGCAGGUGAGGAGAAAUGGACAUCUGUGUCAUCUGCUUCAGCUGGAAAGAGGAAGAUUGAGCCAUCUAUUUGGGGUCAGGAUACUGGAGAUACUAGUGCAAAUGGAAAAGACUGGGGUGUGUCCCUGGUGGGAAGGACCUGGGGUGAACGUUCAUUAUUCCCUGGCAUUGCUUCUUGGUCUGGUAACGUGGAUAGGAGGGUAAAUAAUUCGACUGAGCAGAACUCUGCUCCCUUUCCAUCUCUGGCACUCACCACUUCAGUUUCUGGGUCUACCACUGAGGUUUCUCAGUCUACUGCUUCUGAUUUUCAGUGGGAUGUAAGCCGUAAUCAACCCCAUAUCGAUGAUGAAUGGUCUGGGUUAAAUGGACUUUCUUCUGCUGAUCCCAGCUCUGAUUGGAAUGCUCCUGCUGAAGAGUGGGGCAAUUGGGUAGAUGAAGAGAAGGCUUCACUUCUGAAAUCCCAAGAGUUAGUCCAUGAUGAGAAAUUUUCAGAUGAUGAUAAAGAAAAGGAAGAUGUGCCUCUUCAGAGUUCUGCAUCUGGCAAAUCUAAAAAGAAGAAAAAGAAAAAGAAGAAGCAAGGUGAAGAGACUAACUCUCCAGCACAGGAUACAGAAGAGUUAGAGAAAGAGUUUAGAGAAGAUUUUGCAAUGGAGACCUCUAAAGUCCAUCCAAAACAGAAAAAAGAUCCUUCUUCGAAGACCAUGAGCACUAGUGAUCCACCUGAAGUACUCAUCAAAAGUAGCCAGCCUGUUAAGACUCUUCCACUUGCUGUUUCUACCGAGCCAUCUGUAAUUUUAUCACAAAAUGAAUCUGACAAGAUCCCUUCCCAAGUGCCCCAGACGCUACAAGAGACAGCUGUUUCCAAGCCUAAUCUUAAGCAGAAUAGUGUGCCUCCUUCCCAGACCAAGUCUGAAGCUAGCUGGGAAUCUCCCAAACAAGUAAAAAAGAAGAAAAAAGCUAGACGAGAAACGUGAAUGUUUUAUCCUGAAUUGGACAUGUGUUAUGCUGACACUGUCUUGAAGAUUAUGCUGUUUAUGCAAUAAUUUGUGAACAUGUACAGAAUUUUAUAUAAAUUUCAACUGAUUUUUAAAGACAAAACUGCUGUGAAUGCAACCAUCAUUAAAGUGGAAAUCAAAGGAAAGUUAAUUUGCAAAAUUAACAGCUCAGCAGAACAUGCUACAUUGCUGGAAGACGCUUAGGAGUCUCUUUCAAUUUUAUGAACUAUCUUAAUUUAAGAAUAUAGAUCUCCUGGUUUUACAACAGUGCCCUGUUUACAACAGAUUGUGUUCUGUCUCAUCUGCAGCUGAGGACUAGAGGAAUGUUUAGAGAAAGGGUUGGCUAUAAAAUAGUGGGUAUUUCUUGCAUCUUUGAUUCACAGAUUGUCUACCAUUUGAAUUUGCUUCACAUGUAAGUCAAAGUGCUUUGAUUAAUUGCAUAAUCUUCCACAUUUUAUUUUUUGGUAGCAGUGUGUAUUAAAGGAGUCACAAGUGCAAAUAUUUUUAUUUCACUUUUUGUCAUUUGUUUAGCUGAGCCUUUAUGGUUUAGUUGACAGAGAAAAAUGCUUUCAAUUAAAAGAUCAGAAAUGCAAUUGACACUUGAGUAUGGUUCAUGAAGUUAUUUUUGAUAGUCUUAAAUUACUUGAAUUCUUCAAAGUGCAGUAUAUUUUUAAUUAUAUUACAAAAACUCAACUGUGUAUAUGGUCUUGUUUCUGUUGUUUCUUUUUAAAAGUUCAUGCUCAUGUUUAAUUGCUCAUUUUUAAUGAUGUGAACUCUUAGUCAAACUCCAAGUCACCUUUUCCCUUUCCCAAGCAAUUAUUUUUACCAGCUUCAACUCUGUUCUCUUUGUUGCUAAAAUGUCUUUUGACUUUAAAAUUGAAAUCAUUCACACACUAGUUACACAAGACAUCAAAGUGUUGAUGGAGAAUGGAGGACUAAAAUCAGACAGCUUUAAUUGACAUUGUCAAGAACUCCAGUUAUCAGGAAUACAUUUUUUUACUGCCUUAACCUGUAGUGUGUAGAAUAUGCAUCUAAAUUUCUUGAGGGGGGAUUAGUGUUUUUAUAAGAAUUUUCAUGUAAGUAUUGCAGUUGUAGUUAAAUAAGGAACAUUUCUCACUUGAAACUGUAUUGAUUAAAAUGAUGUGUGAAAUGUUCCAUUUUCAGGCACUGUGUAAUUAUAUUGUAAUGAACUGGCAAGUAUCUUUGUAUCUAUAAAUAGUGCAUGCUCAGCCAUGUACACUGUAAAUAGCCUUUACCAAAUGUGUUUGACAAGGACCAUAAUUAACAUCCUUUAGUGAAUUGUGAUCAAGAAAAAAAAAGCCAUGAAUUAUUUGAUGCGAUUGGCUUAGUUGUUUUUAUGUGCUCAGAGAAAUUGUUUGUAACAGCUGUAACCAAUGGUACUGAUCCAACCAUCCAAUAUUGUCUUAUUUUACUUGACUGCAGUUUGGUAGUAUUGACUUACAAAUGCUAGAAAGGGUAGAGAAACAAAAUGACUUUAGUUUUGCUGAAAAUUGGGCCUUUAUCAAUGAACCGCUUUCCUAAUAGUGAUUGCUAAUUUUUAUACAGGUGUUAACAUCUGUUUCAGGAACAUGGCAGUAUGUUUACAUGUUCAGAGUUUUGUUUAAUUCAGUGACAUUUCUAAGUUGAUUUGUUUAAAUAAAUUGAGCAAAUGAUA